UUUAUUGCAAAAUUGUUUAUUUCAGAAAACCUUUUUCUGCCUGCAUUUGAGUUGUUAUUUAGUGACUCGGCACUGAUCCGACAUUUUUUUUUGGAAGUUCUCACUGCAAAGAUGUCGUUUGAGCAAGACAAACGCUCACUUUAUGAACGCCGUCGUAACAUCCUUUACCUGGUGGCCAACUAUUUCUCCAUCAUGGGUCUCAACCAAUCGCGUCAGGCUCUGCUGGACGAAACUCACCUAACGGAGGAGUUCGAGGUGUGCGAUAACAUCGACCUGGACACGAUCUACCAGGAGUACUGCAGUUACUAUCUGCUCAAGUUUGGCAAGCAGCCACGGGUGGUGAAGCGAAAUGAAUCCAAUGCUGUGCAAUCGGCAGUCCCGGCACUGCCACAGCGGAAGCAAUCUGGCUACCGGAAACGUGCACAACCGACUGGCAAACCGCUGGCUGUAGCACCACGUGGUGAACCGGAAGCGGACAUUAACGACAUCAAGGGAUUGGGAACGAAUCUGGUGGUUUCCCAGCUGGUCAACCAACAAACUGCGCCUUUGCCGAUUGAAGCGGUUAAUCCGGUACCGGCAGUUGCCAAAAUAACGGAGAAUGGAAAUCAUAGUGCUACAACGAUGGCUAGCUUGAGACCGUUUAUCAGACUGCAUGAAAAUUACUCGAGUGAAUGGAAAGAACUCGCCGAUGUAGUUUGUAGGGACCUCAUCAAAAAGGACCUCCAGCAGCGCUGGAGUCAAGUAAAGGGCUUAGAUUCUGCCAUUAAACUGCUAAAAGAGAGCGUCAUCACCCCGCUCCAAUAUCCGCAACUGUUCGUAGGCUUAACCAAACCGUGGCGCUGUGUGCUUCUCCACGGCCCCCCGGGCACAGGAAAAACACUGCUAGCCCGGACGCUCUGCUCGGAAACCCGAGAUUCGAUUACGUUUUUCAACGCAACCGCAGCGACACUGAUAUCGAAGUGGCGAGGCGAGUCCGAAAAACUAAUCCGGGUACUGUACGAUGUGGCCAAAUUCUACGCUCCUUCUAUAAUAUUUAUCGACGAGUUCGAUGGAUUAGCCUCCCGCAGAGACUCCGUCGGAGAGCACGAAGCUUCCAAGCGGUUUAAAAACGAGUUCCUCUCGUUAAUAGAUGGACUGGACAGUGGGACGGAUGACGAAAGAGUUUUUCUGCUGGCUAGUACCAACAUACCGUGGGAGAUAGACCCCGCCUUCUUGAGACGUUUCGAGAAAAAAAUUCUCAUAGAUUUACCCGAUGCGCAAGGCCGAAGUUCGAUCAUUAACGAAUUGCUGCCAGAAUACAGUGAUUGGAGCGCCAAGCAACAGGAGGAACUGGAACGCAUAACGGUGCAUUUCACAGGAGAUGAGAUAAGGAUAGCGUGCAAGGAGGCGUCAAUGAUGGUGAUACGAGAUCAAAUUGGACAAGGGCCACAGCCGGCUAAUCUCACAGUGAGACCGACCGCAGUCAAGUUCACUCAGCUGAGAGCUGCACUCGAUAAAAUUAAACCUGCAUCGCUAGGAUUGAUUGAAAAGCACAAAGAGUGGAACCGAAAGUACGGUAACGGUCCUUGA